AUGUCUGAUUCAACAUCAGCUGUUUCGACUUCAAUAGUCUCAGAAAUAUUUAAAUAUGCAAACCACGUUGUACUGUUCUUUCUUUCUUUACCAUUAGCUCAAAGAUUGUCGAUAAUCAUAUUGGCUCCCUUUGUGUAUAAUCUUUCCUAUCAAUUCCUUUACUCUUUAAGGAAAGAUCGUCCUCCUUUAGUCUUCUACUGGAUUCCAUGGGUAGGAAGUGCCGUUUCAUAUGGUACAAAACCAUACGAAUUCUUUGGUGAUUGUCAAAAAAAAUAUGGUGAUAUCUUCUCUUUCGUUCUAUUAGGUAGAGUGAUGACAGUUUAUCUAGGUCCUAAAGGUCACGAAUUUAUCUUCAAUGCUAAAUUAGCCGAUGUCUCCGCUGAAGCCGCUUACACUCAUUUAACUACUCCUGUCUUCGGUAAAGGUGUAAUUUACGACGUACCAAAUUCAAGAUUAAUGGAUCAAAAGAGGUUUGUUAAAGGUGCUCUAAGCUCAGAUGCUUUCAGAUUAUACGUUCCUUUAUUCGUUGAAGAAAUGGAAAAAUAUUUAAAGAAUUCAAAAAAUUUCAAAUUCAAUGAAAAUGAUUCUGGUAAAGUUGAUGUCAUGGUUACUCAACCUGAAAUGACUAUUUUCACAGCCUCAAGAACUUUAUUAGGUAAAGAAUUAAGAGAUAAACUAGAUACAGAUUUCGCUUACCUUUUCACUGAUCUUGAUAGAGGUUUCACCCCAUUAAAUUUCGUUUGGCCAAAUAUUCCUUUAGAAAAUACAAGAAGAAGAGACAAUGCUCAAAGAGUAAUCUCAAAUACUUAUUUAUCUUUAAUCCGUGAAAGACGUGCUAACAAUGACAUUCAAGAUAGAGAUUUAAUCGAUUCUUUAAUGAAAAAUUCUACUUAUAAAGAUGGCACCAAAAUGACCGAUCAAGAAAUUGCAAAUUUAUUAAUCGGUGUCUUAAUGGGUGGUCAACACACUUCUGCUGCUACUUCUGCUUGGGCUCUCUUACAUUUGGCUGAAAGACCUGACGUUCAACAAGAAUUAUACGAAGAACAAAUGAGAGUUUUAGAUAAUGGUAAAAAGGAAUUAACUUUUGAUUUAUUAGAACAAAUGCCUCUAUUAAACCAAAUGUUAAAAGAAGUUUUAAGAUUACAUCAUCCUUUACAUUCCCUUUUCCGUAAAGUUAUGAGAAAUAUUCAAGUCCCAAACACUUCUUACGUUGUCCCAAAAGGUUACUACGUCUUAGUCUCUCCAGGUUAUACCCAUUUACAAGAAGAAUACUUCCCUCAACCAACAACCUUCAACUUACAUCGUUGGGAUAAUGAUUCCGCUUCUUCUUACGCUAACGGUGAACAAGUCGAUUACGGUUUCGGUGCUAUUUCAAAGGGUGUUUCCUCUCCAUACUUGCCAUUCGGUGGUGGUAGACACAGAUGUAUUGGUGAACACUACGCUUACGCUCAAUUAGGUACGAUCAUGUCAGUUUUCAUCAGAAAUUUCAAAUGGAAAUUCCCUGAUCCAUCUCAAACUGUUCCAAAAUCUGACUUCACCUCAAUGGUCACAUUACCAACUGGUCCAGCUCACAUUGUUUGGGAAAAGAGACAUCCAGGCCAAAAACUCUAA